AUGAUCGAGUUCAUGGACUAUGUCCAAAAUGCCUUUUACUCGGCGUCGCUGUGGGAUCAUGACAAUUCGUAUAGCACCUUGACGGCUACGGCCAAUGCCCUGCUUGACUUCCAAACCCCUCACGGUCUUCGUCUUCGCAUCUCGUCACUUUCAGCACCCAGCUUUGCGACAUCGUACACUCUCUCCAAUAGAGGCUUUGUAGACGGCUCCAUUUCCUUCCUAUACUCGUCCCUGCCCGUGCGCAUUCCUUCGCAGAGCAGUAUCAUAGACUUGCGCAAUCUGGUGAGGGGAUACAGACAUCUUCCAGAGCUGCGACGCCCCGACGAGAAGUUCUUGUGGGAGAUCUGGCAGGCUGGAAGGAGGAUAGACAAGAAGGACACUCUGCUGUACGGUCGCCUGUACCUGCCCACAUCAACACUUGAGGCCUUGUAUCUGCGUCGCAUAUCACCUUCGCGCCUGCUUCGCCUAUCGUGUGUCUCCGACUCGGCUCUGCCCAAUGGUGGCUCUGUUUUGGCCCAGCUGCAGAAUGACCAUGCCAAAUACUCGACAGAGUACCUCUUCUCAACCGACAGCUGCUUGAUGGGUAUUCGCGGUCUGUACAACUUCGGUCUCGAUCCUCGCACAAUCCCUCGGGUCAUAAGUCCCAGAGGCAACGGCAUACCAAUCGAUCCUCAAUUCGGCCGUCUGAGCGCUGGCGCCGAGCUGUACUUCUCUCCGCUCAACAAGUCUGGCGGUGUGUCUACUGCUAUUCGCUUCACAACUCUGCCGUCACAUGCAGGUUUUCCAUAUACCAUGGCUCUGACCACGAACCCGCUUAUGGGCAACAUCUCUUCAAGUUAUGCUGUGAAAGCUGGCCCUGAUGUUGCUUUGAGUUCCCGCUUCGACUUCAACAUCUACAGCUACGAAUCUGAUGUCCAACUUGGCCUUGAGCUAUGGCGCAGAAAGCCGCUCGAAACAGGGGACACUCUGCCUGUUGAAGCCAAAGCGCCGUCUGCACCUCAAGAGAGGUUCUUGGAGAACAAGUUGACAAAAGACAUCCUGCAGCAAAACAACUUUCAAGAAGUUGACAGUGUUUUCAAAGCGAGGGUCAACCAGCAUGGAAAAAUUGGUCUGCUCUGGGAAGGUCGCAUCAAAGAUCUGCUGGUCAGUAUAGGUGCCGAUCUCAACUUCAAGAGAAAGGACAAUAUAAUUGGCUCGGUCGGUCUGGAGGUUUCGUAUUCCUCGUGA